AUUUUGGAUACAAGUUGGAUUUCUGAUGUUGACCAUGACCAAGUGUCUCUGCCCGUCGUGUCCCAGUGAAUGGAGCGCUGUGACAGCGCAAAUAUGUCCAGCAUACAGUCACGAGACAGCUCUCCAUUACACACACUCUACCCUGAAACAAGACCUGCUACCCUCAAGUUACAGCUGUGCAAGAAUUGUUUGUUGAGCUAUAUAGGUCAGUGGUGUGUGCUUGGUAAUAUCUAUAUAUAUAUAUAUAUAUAUAUAUAUAUAGACAGAUAGGUUUAGGCAGCGCUGUGCGUACACAAGAUGUUAUACUGUAUUUUAAUUGUAUGAUUCAAUAAAUUUGGUGUUAACUAAAAUAUCACAAGUUGCUUGAUUUCUGUUGCCCAUACAGUUGAGUAUAACUUGAAUUUUUUUGUUAAACUUUUUGUUUACACAGUAUGUUAAAGUCCUUCUCUUUCUGUCUUUGCUUUCCUAAUCAAAAAGGUAACUCUCUUUCUUCUCUUUAUAUUCUCUUUUUUUAUCCUUUGGGAAAUAAAAAGGGUUUAUUUUUGGUAUCUUGGGAGUGAGACCCAGAUAAUCCUGCAGAGCAAGGAGGGAUUACUAAACAGGCCUACUGGGCCCAAGGGCUCGGGGGCCCUGAUGCCUAAGCCUCUGUGCUGAUAUCUUUGCUACUAUGUAAUUCAUUGCAAUAAUUUAAUGGGGCCCUAAAGCAAAUAACACUGGUUAUGUUCUGUGAUAUAUCUUAAUAGGGCCUCUCAAACCAUGGGUUAUGUUGUUAACCCUGAUAUCUGAAGGGGGCUCCUCAACCAAAUAACAUUGGUUAUUUGGUUAACAAGUUUUUAUGGGCCCCCUUAGUCUAUGUUAUUCACCUCUGAUGUCUUGACAUGGGCCUCAGUGAACUAAAAAAGGUUAAGUUAUGCGAUAUGUCUAAUAAGACCCCUCAGUUAUAUUAUUAUCAUUAUUAUUAUAUUAGGUGUUGCCUGAUUUCUCACAUGACAACCAAAAUAUUUUUCACUUAAUAUAUGUUUUUCUUUUGUGCAACAUUCAUACCAUUGUUGAUUUGUGUGUGGAAUUAUUAAGUAACUUGUUUAGGAAAACAAGAAGAUUUGAUCCUUUUUUUGUAUUGCCGUUGUUUGACUAUAGAUACUGACAGCAAAAUAUGAAGCUGGAGAUGAUGGAAAGUCAACUGAAAUAUUACACAAUCACACUGAUACAUGAAGAUAAUGAAGAGGUCAAAAUAUGGUCCAUUUGAGGUUCAACAAUUCGUUCCAGUUUUUAUUUUGAAGGAGGAACCCCCUAACCGGAAAUUAUAUACUUUAUUUCCUGUCCUACGUGCUACUAGACUGACCCAUGCUGUCAGGUAGAUAGCAGUUUCAAAGUGUAUUCGUUCGCCGAAACUGUUAUAUAUUGUAUUUUUUAAAGACAACAGGAUGCAGAUAUGUAAUGUGUGCAGCGAACAGUCACCAAAAUACAGAUGUCCAGUCUGCAAAAUAAGAUAUUGUUCCCUUGGUUGUUACAAGCGACAUAAAGCAGACACAUGCCUGCCUGUUGUACAGACGACAUCAGCUCUUCCUGAAGCGAGGGGCACUUUGAACACUGAGCCUUGGAGCGUUGAUGAUAUUCUGCACGAGGAGGACAUCAUUGACAAAGUGCCUCUGCAAAGGCUCCAGCAAUUAGGUCAGUCAAAGGAGCUGAGAGGUCUCCUUUGUAACCCCCAUCUGAGAGAGUUAUUGCGUUCUGUUGACAGAGCAGACGGCAAAGAUGACGCAAUGAAGACUGCGAUGCAGGAGCCUCUAUUUGUUGAGUUUGCAGAUCGGUGUUUGAAAAUUGCAGAUAAUGAACCUCGGUCAUUAAUGUCUGAUGACGAGGAUCUCUAAUGUUAAGAUUUUCAGAUACUUUCUGAGAACUAUUUUUGCAGUAGGUAAUGUUUUUUUCUCUUUAUACAAAAUGUCUAUAGAACAAGCCACACUGUCAUGUAAGAGUUAUGGCUACUGGAAUUUCUGUUGUGUCCUAUUAUGUUGCAAUAUGUACAAUGCAUAACAUUUAAAUAAAUGUUCAACCAAAAUGGAA